AUGUUGUCUGCUCUCAUAGACCCUGUACUGAACUUGUACGACUAUUUGCUCGAACCUAUCGAUAUCUUCGCUAUGCUCGGCGCGAAUAUUACUUUGCUUGAUGUCGCCGGAGCACUCCGGCUUGCUCUAGUCCUGCGGCAAAUAAGAGGGACUCUUGCUAGGCAACACAAAGCGAGGGGACUUCCGCAGGAGUCUAGAGGGAGAGCGCGCGAUAUCGCCGCUACGCUGACCAUGGUGUACGGUGGAGAGGUCGUAGUUUCGACCUUUCUAGGACUACAGCCGUCUUUCAUGCUCUCUGGAACUAUUCCGGCCUUGUUUAUUGGCGCUCACUAUGCUGUCGAAGCCUUACCGGAUAGCGUCAUCCCGGAUAUGGGUCUCUUCACUGAACUGCCAGCGUCCAUCGUAGAUGCGUUGACUCGUGCUACGCUUGUCUGCAACGUCGUUACGGCCACCGUUACGAAACACGCCUCUCCAGCCGUGUCAUCAUCCCCUUGGACCUUACUCCUCACGUCUCUUAUCUUCGCCAAUGGAGGCCCUUUCGUCACCGGAGCGGCAUCUCUGCUGUCUCCGGGACCUAUGACACUCACCACGCCUCCAGAGUUCCUGCCUGCAGGCUGGCAAGCUACCGAUCUGUGGAUUGCGCCUCUCUGCACAGCCAUAUACGCAACCCUCACGCACGCACAACCCUUCUACACAACCCUACACGUCAUGCUUGCCCGUUUACUUGCGCCUGCCGGCCUCGCGCAUGUCGCAUUGGACGGUCCUCGUGCAAAGCUGUUGGCCGUCGACGAUGACACCGCCCGCGCCGUCUGCGUGGUCAUUCUGGCCGGGGCUUUCUUGACCAGGACAGUUAAGACAUAUGGUGCGUCCGCGCCCUCGCCGAUCGGACCGCCAAACUCGGAGAAGGAGAAGGAGGAGAUGAGGAGGCGCGCGCUUGCUGCGCGUGUGGCAGCUCACAAGAAGGACGCUGAGGUUGAGAAGAAGCUUGAGUGA